CCCCCUGCCUCAUCACGCAGCGUCGCCGUCUCCAUGGCUGCGGCCGCCAGCGAGAUGUACCGGCGGGAGCAGAGCCUCCCGCUGCCCAGCAGCAGCGCGGCGCUGUACAACAACCUCAGCGUGCUCCGCCAGCCCGGGCCGCAGCUCCAGCGCUUCAGCGCCGUGCACGGGCCCAGCCUCAGCCUGCUCAGCGCUGCCGCCGCCGGGCUCGGCCUCUCGCACCGCCAGCUCCCGGCCCGGGAGCCCGGCCUGGGCGUCAGCACCCCGCUGCUCACCCAGGCAGCCUGGUGUGUCCUGCCCUCGCGAGUGCUGCUGGUGCUGACCUCCCAGAAGGGGAUCCAGAUGUACGAGGCCGACGGCUCCGUCCUGGUUUACUGGCACGCGCUGGACGUGGCGGAGCAUCCUCCUGCACAAGCCGUGUUUGCCCGUGGGAUCGCUGCGGCAGGAGAGCGCUUCAUCUGCGUGGGUACAUCCUCGGGGCCGGUGCUGGUGUUCGACAUCCCCCCCAAGGGCACCAACGUGACGGUGAGCGAGGUCCUGGAGCAGCACGGAGCCGCCAUCACCGACAUCGCAGCAGAGCAGGGCCGGGCCCCGGACGGGGCUGGAGGCCUGGUGAGCGCCGACGACGCGGGGAGCCUGUGCGUGUGGAGCACGGGAGAGGAGUUCAGGCUGGUCAGCAAGGUCCCGGCCUGCGGCUGUACCUGCUCCUCCGUGGCGCUGUGGCACGGGACGGUGGCCGCCGGCUUCGGGAACGGGCAGAUCCGGCUGUACGAGGCGGCGAGCGGCCGCCUGCGCGCGCAGGUCAAUGCGCACGCGCGGUGGAUCAACGCGCUGGACCUGGCGCCCGAGACAGGGAAGCUGCUCUCGGGAGCGGAGGAUUCCUUUGUUCACAUCUGGAAGCUCAGCAGGAACCCGGACACCGACGACAUCGAGAUCCAGCACUGUCACGCCGAGCGCGUUCCCGACACGCAGGUCUGCGGCGCCCGCUUCUGCGAUCCCGAGGGAAACUCCUUCGCUGUCACUGGCUACGACCUGAGCGAGAUCUUCCGCUACAGCCGGGCAUAGGCCGUGCCCAGGGAUGCAGGGAAAGCUGGGAUGCGCCGGGACCAGCGGCACCGGGACCAGCGGCACUGAGGCUCCAUGAGCAGGAUGGGGUCAGCACUGACCCCCAGCUUCUGCUCCAGGAGUCCUGCUGGUAGAAAUCUGUGUGAAGGUGGAGCUGAGCCACGAUUUCCCCGCUACCAAACCCCCCCCAACCUCAGCCUGGCAUCUCCAUGCCCAGGGAAUGCGAGUUUGGGGCUGCCCCGGCCACCCCGUGGGUCACUGAGCCCCACCUCGGGUCACUGAGCCCCACAUCCUCCUCCCGCCCCCAGCCCCUCGGGAGGGAAGGCGGCGGCGUGGCUGGGAGCAGAACCAGCUCCGCUGUUCCCAGCUCCGGUUCCACCGGGAUCCGAUCCCGGCCAAACCAGUGCUGCGCGCCGGGAGCGCCGCGGGCCGCGUCCCACCCGUGGGUGCAGCUCCGUGGGGCCGCCCUGCCCCGGGGCAAGGCGAGGGGGAGCCGGUUCUGCUCCGUGGGGACACGGGGGGUCCCUCAGCCCCGGCCAGAUGUGCGGGGCCACAGCUGUGCUGCGCUGGGGCAGCGGCUCCGUGCUCGCGGCGGCCCCCCGGGACCGGCCCAUGGCUGCGGCUGCUGGUGCUGGGGCCGUGCCCCCCCUCACCCUGCACCCCCAGCUCUGCCCCAGCCCGGCCGGCCUGCAGCGGGGCGCAGGGGCUGCUCCCGCCCCCCCCAGCCCCUUCCCAUGGGAAUGGCCUGUCCCAGCACUCCCGUCCCGGCCAUGGAAUCCAAUGUGGCCCCAGGGACCAGCUCGGCCUCUGGCUCUGCUCCCAGGGCCUGGGACACUCAGGGGUGCUGUGGGGCCCUGGGGGGGGGGAGGUGUUGAGCUCCCCCCAUGGCCCCUCCUGCCCUGCUGGGGGUGCAGCUGGGGGUCCAGCUCCCCCCACGCCACCCCAUGCUAUGGGGCACAGACCCCAUCAUGUAACCUCAGACUCCCCCUAUGAGCUGCACCCCCUGAGGAGUGGGUCAGCCCCCCCACGCUGCACCCCCACAGUGCUCUCCCCCCCAGCUAUGGGUCAGGACCCCCCACUCCUCUCUGUGUGCCCCCCAUUAUAAUAAAUACACCUGAACGGA